UCUAAACAUUUUUUCCCACAUGUGGCAUCAAGAUUUAUUUUCAAGUAAAGUCACUUAUUUGGUUUAAGACUAACAUCUUCAAUUACGGAUGGAAUUGGAAGAUCUGACCUCAUGUUUUCGCAGUGCCAUGGGACUGUACUUGGCAUGACUGAACCACAGUUAAAAAAAUGAAAUUGGCUUGUUAUAUGCUCCUAUUCAAGAAAAAUGGGUUUUUUAUUAUAAGAGGCUUACUCGUAUUAUAAUUCCUCGGUCAAGUCUCUUCCUUUGCUAUCUAGUCUAGUUAAAAUUCAGCACAUAAAUGGAAGUUCUACAGCAACCAAUUAGAAAUACAGCAGGUGAAGAAGGAACAGAGACGGGAAACAGAUUAACAUAUUGUGUAACAGGAGGCUCAGGCUUCAUAGGAUCCUGGCUCCUCAAAUCUCUCCUCCAGAAGGGCUAUAAUGUCAAUGCCACUGUCCGCCAUCCAGAAAAGGCGCUGCAUCUGUUAAAAUUGUCUGAUCGGCUGAAGCUGUUUAAAGCUGAUCUUAACGAAGAGGGGAGUUUCGACGAGGCAGUUAGAGGCUGUGAUGGAGUAUUCCAUGUAGCUGCAUCAAUGGAAUUUGGUUUACAAGAAAAACAUAAUAAUGGUAACUUAGUUUAAUCAUUAAUCAUAUUGCAGUGGCAAGUUCUAGGAUUAGAGUGGAAGACCGGCCGAGCUUGAAUAUGCUACAUAAUUGAUAAUUAUGUUCAAGAACAUGUGAUAGACCCCGCAAUCAGAGGGACAAUAAACGUUCUGAAAUCUUGUUUGAAAGCAUACUCGGUGAAAAGAGUUGUUUUCACAUCAUCAAUCAGUACAAUGACAGGCCAGGAUAGUUCUGGAAAAUUGAGACCUGUGGUAGAUGAAACUUGCAACAUCCCAACAGAACAUGUAUGGAAGACUAAGCCAAGUGGAUGGGUGUAUUCUAUUGCAAAGGUAUCCACAGAAGAGGCUGCAUUCAGAUUUGCCAAUGAAAAUGGUAUAGAUUUGGUGUCAGUAAUUUCUCCAACAGUGGCUGGUCCAUUCUCCACUUCUACAGUUCCAUCAAGCAUUCGGUUUCUCUUAUCACCAAUAACAGGGGACGCAGGGCUGUUACCAAUACUAGCAUCAGUAAACUCAAGAAUGGGAUCGAUUGCAGUAGUUCAUGUGGAAGACAUAUGCUCUGCCCACAUAUUCCUCAUGGAAAAUGAUAAAGCUAAAGGACGAUAUUUCUGCUGUGCUCGCAAUAUUUCAAUUUCUGAACUGAUUGCUCGACUAACUGAAGAAUACCCAAUUCCUAAUGCACCAAGCCUGAUAAUGCAAGAUGAUAAUCUGCAGCCCCCCACUAUUUCGUCAAAAAAAUUAAUGGACCUGGGAUAUUCUUUCAAACAUGGUGUCCAAGGUAUCAUACAGGAUACUAUCCAGAGCUGUAUAGAACAUGGGUUUUUACCUUGUAAACAAUAGUAAGCAUCUCCUCCUUCAUUAUGCACCAUGAAACAAGCCCACCAUCUGUAAAAAUUACAAAGCAUAGAUGACUAUAUUGUAUACAUGAUAAAUGGGGGUGGGGGUGAAAAUGUGCACGCGGAAUUACUUGAUAGCUUGUUGCAGCUUAGGUCAGCAACCUUGUAAUUCAUCAUGGAUUUCUGAUGCCGUUUGAUUAUUAUUCGGAUUAUGUUCUUUCCCAUUUAGUAGAAGUUCUUGGUUACCACUGUAAGUACUACAUUGGUCUGUAAUAACACUGUAUUAUCUCAAUAAUGGUAAUCUUCAAAGUGUAAUGCAUAUUCUAAUUUUAAUAAUUUAGUUGAAAUUUGAACACAAA